AUGAAAAUCACAGUCAACGUCGAACUCGAACACUCGGAGCUGUACAAGGCGCCACAUCUUCAGCAGACAGUGUCCGAGCUAGACUCGAAUGCAGUGGUGCGAUUCAAGACGGAUACAGGCUUCCUAGCACAGCGCAUCAAGGAUGCGGUGAAGACAAAGCAGUACGAUGCAAUAGUGAGCGAGCUGGUCCGCCGUCUCUCAUAUCCUGCAUCCUUCGCGGAUAGCCUAGAGGUGAUGUGCUCGAUAGCUCUCUUCAGUAAAGGCCGUGUUGAUAGCGGAGAGAGUGUUGCGCCAUUCGUAGAGGUCCUUACCCGUCUACCUGAGGAAGCGAGAACGCAGGCAAAGGAGGCAAUUGUGCAGCGUGCGAUGGCAUUUCUGUCGAAGCCACGGCGCCUGGACUGUAGUCGUGCCCCUUUAAUCGGCUAUGCGGAGACCUUGGCGAUGAUGACGCGAAAGGACCUGCUGAACAUCCGCAGUGCCGUUAACACUUUGGUGCAAAUGAUCGAAGGAGACACGACUCGGGCUGCUGGAAUGACCUGCUUAGGCAAAUUAGUGGAGGUGGCGUACGAGGCUGUCCGGAACUGCGAUACCGCAACGCUGAAUGUUUUGAGAGGCGCGGUCCGCUUUGCACAGAUGAAUGAUACAUUCCUCUACGAUGUCGAGUACAUCAUGGAGGCAUUAGGGUGGUCACCGUACAAGCCGGCACUGAGCCUGCGUCGCUCUAGCUCCCAUCACGAAUACCCCAUUCUGUCUCUUGCCUACUGUGGUGGUGCGAACCAUCGCGAGGUGGUGGUGAGCUCCUCGUCGGAUGGCACGAUAGGGACGUGGGACGGUGUCGGGGUGCUGCUACAGAACGUUCUCCUUUCGCGCCAUUACGCCUCUUGCCUAGACAUAACAAACCGCGGCCAUACCCUGAUCGUUGGCGCGGUGGGGCGGUACGCAAGCAUCCCACCAGCCGUAAUCUUUUACAGCGAAGAUGGUAAUCGCAAGGCGCAGUGGCAGGAGUGCGGCGGCACGGAGCCUGAUGACGCGCAGUUCAUCUCUAGCCUCAAGUGUCUGAAAGACUCAUCCGGGUCUCGGUACUGUGUGGGCGUACAAACGUCGAACGCGAACUCCCUCAUGAUCUUCGAUGGUCAGCACGUGACGCAGCGCUACUUCGAUCACACAGACCUCAUUACAGCCCUUCACGUCCCUAGCGACCGAGAGAACAUGGUCAUCACUGGGUCUCGCGACUGCUCGACGCUCAUCUACGACCUCCGAGACCCCCGCAACGUCAGCGCGGCAACGCAUCACACCAACACCGUUUCCUGCAUCGCGAGCUGCGACAACAACUUGUUCACGGCCGGGCUCGACAAGCGUAUCGUAGUGGAGGACUUCCGAAUGCUGCGCAGCCCAAACGUGCAGCGCGACAUGGAUAGCGCCGUUCUGAGUAUGUCUGUUAGCAACUCCCUGCAGUGUGCCGUGUCCACGCUUACUGGUGUGUACCUGAUCAACUUUUCUAGCAGCACCACCAUCCCCACGUCGUCGCGCUCCGACUGCGGCGGAAGUGCCUCUCGCUACAACGCGGUGUGCUGGAACAAUGCGGGCACCAUCCUCUUCUGCGGCGGCGACGCCCACACGCUGGAUUUGUUUGCCCCUGCGUACGAGCUGAACUCCUUUGAGAUUUAA